CUCUCCUCGCUCCACCUCCCCAGUCAGCGCUGCUCUCUCCUGCCGCUGCAGAGGGACGAGAGACGAGAGCCUGAUGGUACAACUGGCUCACUUUUUCUCCCGUCGUACCCUCACUACGGCAAAAUGAAGCCUGCGCUAAUCGUGGUUUUUGCUCUCCUUGCAGAAACUGUCGCGCUCCCAGUUGGCAAAGAGGGGCAAAAAGAUGUGGUUGCACGAUGUCUGGUCGAAGUCUUGACCAAAGCGCUGUCCAAGCCGGACGUUCAUUUGGAUCAGGAAUGCAAAGACAUUCUCCAAACAGGUGUCAAAUAUGCCCCAGUGAACAAAAAGACUACAGAGGGGACUGCAACACAGGAGGAAAUCUCUGACGCGGGAGCCCCUACGGCAAAGACGGCGGACGUCAACGACAUUGAGGCACUGCUGAAAUCUGUGGAGGAAAAGAGGGAAACCCCCGAAGAGGAGCGGAACCAGGAAUCAUGGAGUCUGAUAGAGAAGCGGGAUGGGGAUCAGGAGGAAGAAAUACGAGAGAAGCGGAGCAGCUGGAGGCCAGGGAGAUUCCACCAGAGGAAGAGCAAACGAGGAGAGGAAGAUUACGACCGCAGUCAGGAGAGUUGGGGAGGCCUUGAAAGGAGGUACAACGACAAAGAAGAAGAGGACGGAGAAAGUGAAGAACGAGAGAAGAGGAACUGGAGGCCCGGAAGGCACUACCAAAGAAAAAGUAAACGGGAUGAGGAAGACGGGGAAGAGGCAGAGGAGGAACGCAGUCAAGAGUACUGGGAUGCAGACAAGAGGCUGGAGAACGAGGAGGAGGGGGAGAGAGAGAAGCGCAUAUGGAAACCCACACAUCGCUAUCAUCACAAGAUAAAGCUCCACAGGCGCAGCGACGAACCAUCCGAGGGUGAGGGAUACGAAGACCGCAGCCAGGAAUCAUGGGAUGUUGACAAGAGGAGCUGGAAGGCUGGCAGAUUCCACCAGAGGAGACACAAGCGCGAUGAGGAGCUAUCGGAAGAAGCGAGGGAAGAGCCUGAGGAGGAGCGAAGCCAGGAACAUUGGGACAUAGACACUGGGAGAGAAAAGAGAGAGUGGAGAGCGGGAAGGUAUCACCAAAGGAGGCAGAAGAGAGAUGAGGAGCUUUCCGAGGAAGCAAAGGAAGAACCUGAUGAAGAGCGAAACCAGGAAUAUUGGGAUUUUGACACCGGAAGAGAAAAGAGGGACUGGAGGCCGGGCAGGCAUUCCCAAAGGAGGCACAAACGUGACGAAGAGAUUUCGGAAGAAGCCAGAGACGAGCCUGAUGAAGAAAGGAGCCAGGAAGCCUGGGACUUUGACACAGAACGAGCUAAGCGGAACUGGAGGCCCGGCAGGCACCACCAGAGGAAACACAAGCGCGCCGAAGAGCUCGGAGAGGAUGGCAGGGAAGAGCCGGAGGAAGAGCGCAGUCAGGAAUACUGGGAUUUUGACAAGAAAGAUGACAAAGACGUAGAGAUAGAAAAGCGGAUCUGGAAGCCCACACACCGGUACCACCACAAGAGGAGACUUCACAAGCGAGGAUCGUCAGAGGAAGAGAUUGAGCCAAUUGGCGACUCGGAAGAGAACGCAGAAGAGGAAAAGGACAGAGAUGAAGCCCUGAGGUACUUGGCUGAGAAACGCAAUCCCUGGAUUGACAGAGGCUAUUACCACCCAGCCUGGUAUAAGAGAGACUCAGACGAACAUGCUGCAUCAUCCGCUAAGAUGGAUGAACUGACCCAGCUGCUUAGUUACAAGUUAAACCAGCUGGCUAACCAAUCCACUAAAGAGGAGGAUAAGAGGAGUUCGCAGCAGAGAGAGCUUACACCCCAGGAGGAGAAACAGCUGGAAAACCUGGCAGCGAUGGACAUGGAGCUGCAGAAAAUCGCAGCCAAGUUGCAUGACAAGACCGCAUAAACCCGGAGCAUUUCACUACAGCCUGUGACCCAUGCCAAGUUACUGUGCAUCUACCUAUUUAAUGGGCUUUGUGUGAAAAAAAAAAGAAAAAAUAAAACAAAAAAAAUUGCAAGAAAGCUCACAUUCUACCUGCUUUACUCGAUGUAUUUGUGAUGUUACGUCAAAAUUAAAACAGCAUGGGAACGGC